CCCGGUUCCUCCUGCGUGACGCACGGAGCUCGGUCAGUGCGGUCGGCUCGGCUCAGUUCGGUUCAGUUCGGAUCCGUUCGGCUCGGUUCGGAUUAACUCGGACGUGCUCGGCUCAGUUCGGAUCGGAACCGACCGGAGCAACAUGCAGGAUGGCGAGUGUGGAGGCAGCCGCCGAACACGAGCGUAUCCUGCGGGAGAUCGAGAGCACGGACACUAACUGCAUCGGACCGACCCUCCGGUCGGUGUACGACGGCCAGGAGCAUGGCCUGUUCAUGGAGAAGCUGGACGCCCGCAUCCGGAACCACGACCGCGAGAUCGAGAAGAUGUGCAACCAUCACUUCCAGGGCUUCGUGGACUCCAUCACCGAGCUGCUCAAAGUGCGAGGCGAGGCGCAGAAGCUGAAGAGUCAGGUGACCGAGACCAACCGGCGGCUUCAGGAUGACGGCAAAGAUCUCACCAGGUCCAUGGAGGAGCUGCAGCAGUGCCGGGUGCAGCAGAGGAACAUCGCCACCACCAUCGACAAGCUGACGCACUGCCUGCCAGUGCUGGAGAUGUACGGCAGGCUGCAGGAGCAGAUGAAGGCCAAACGGUACUACCCGGCGCUGCGGACGCUGGAGCAGCUGGAGCAGACCUGCCUCCCCCGGGCCGGCCAGUACCGCUUCUGCUCCAUCAUGGCGGAGAACAUCCCCCGGCUGCGGACGCAGAUCCGGGACACGGCCAUGACGCAGCUGAGGGACUUCCUGGAGAGCAUCCGCAAGCACUCCGACAAGAUCGGGGAGACGGCCAUGAAGCAGGCGCAGCUACAGCGUUCGCUGGACAGCUCGGUGUCCACGCAGCCCAGGGCUCUGAUUGGUCGACGCUGCAGAAAGGACGCGGCGGCUGCGCUCGGAACGGAGAGUGGCGGACAGGGUGGCAUCCCGGUGUCAGAACAAGACUCGGGCAUUCUGGAUGUGGAGGAGGACGAGGAGGAGGAGGAUGAAGUCCCGGGAGCUCACGACUUGGUGGAUUUCUCUCCAGUUUACCGCUGUCUUCAUAUCUACACUGUGCUGGGUUUGCGUGACGUGUUUGAGAACUACUACCGAAAGCAGCGGAGGAAACAGGCGCGCCUCGUGCUGCAGCCGCACUCUAACAUGCAUGAAACUCUGGAGGGAUACAGGCGCUACUUCAACCAGAUCGUCGGCUUCUUCGUGGUGGAGGACCACGUCCUCCACACCACGCAGGGUCUGGUCAACAGGGCGUACGUGGAGGAGCUGUGGGAGCUGGCCCUGUCCAAGAUCGUGGCGGCCCUGAGGACGCACUCCUCCUACUGCGACGACCCUGACCUCAUCCUGGACCUGAAGAACCUCAUCGUGCUGUUUGCCGACACGCUGCAGGGCUACGGCUUCCCGGUGUCGCAGCUCUUCGACAUGCUGCUGGAGAUGAGAGAGCAGUACGGAGAGAUCCUGCUGAAGAGGUGGAACAUCACCUUCAGGCAGGUUCUGGACCAGGACAACUACAGUCCCAUCCCCGUGUCCACGGAGCAGGAGUACCGGAGCUACACGGCCCAGUUCCCCCUGCAGGACCCGGACCUGGACAAGCUGCCGUUCCCCAAGAAGCUCCCCUUCUCCGAGUUCGUGCCAAAAGUUUACUGCCAGCUUAAAGAGUUCAUCUACGCCUGCCUGAAGUACUCCGAGGACCUGCAUCUCAGCUCCACCGAGGUGGACGACAUGAUCCGGAAGUCCACGAACCUCCUGCUGACCCGGACGCUCAGCCACUGCCUGCAGUACGGCAUCAAGAAGAAGAACGUGGGCCUGGCGGAGCUGGUGCAGGUGAUCAUCAACACCACCCACCUGGAGCAGAGCUGCCACUUCCUGGAGGAGUUCAUCUCCAACAUCACCAACGUUCCUCCGGACACCGUCAACGCCACCAAGCUGUACGGCACCUCCACCUUCAAGGACGCUCGCCACGCCGCCGAGGCCGAGAUCUACACCAGCCUGAACGCCAAGAUCGACCAGUUCCUGCAGCUGGCCGACUACGACUGGACGGCGCCGGUGCCGGCGGGCGGGGCUCCGGCCGCCAGCGACUACCUGGUGGACCUGAUCGCCUUCCUGCGGAGCACCUUCAGCGUCUUCACCAACCUGCCGGGUAAAGUGGCCCAGACGGCCUGCAUGUCGGCCUGCAAGCACAUCUCCACCUGCCUGCUGCAGCUGCUGCUGGACCCCGAGGUGCGCUACGUCUCCAUGGGGGCGCUGCACCAGCUCAACACCGACGUGCACGAGUGCGAGAGUUUUGCCAGAGCCGGCCCGGUCGCAGGCUUCCAGGGUGACACGUUGCUUCUGGCCUUCAGUGACUUGAGACAACUGCUGGAUCUGUUCACUCAGUGGGAUUGGUCGACCUACCUGGCCGACUACGGGAAACCCAGCUGCAAAUACCUGAGAGUCAACCCCAACACGGCACUGACGCUGCUGGAGAAGAUGAAGGAGACCAGCAAGAAGAACAACGUCUUCGCCCAGUUCAGGAAGACCGACCGAGACCGGCAGAAGCUGAUCGACACCAUCAUCAAGCAGCUCCGCAACCUCAUCGCGCAGCACCAGACCUGAAAACCAGCCGCCGUCCAACCAGCCGCCGCCGCCGCCGCCGCGGCCGACACGGCCGACACGUACCUAUGCACCUUAACCAACUCCACCCACCUGAGCCUGGACCAAGCUCCCUGGAUCACCGGGUCGGUUCCGGAUAACCGCUCAGUCUGCAGCCUGAAAAAGAUCAGAUCCAACCAGAGAACAGCCGGUGGUUUUUCUCCAGUUCUCUUCCGACAAAAAGACCAAAACUCCCCGAAGACGGCGUCUUUCAAAUCUCCACACUGGUUUAAAACACUGCAGUGUGCCGAGCGUCGUCCUCUGAGGCUCCAUAAACUGCUCCUACGUGCAAAAAUCCAACGUUUUGGUCAAUUACUCCAGAAUAUAGAUCCAACAAAUGUAAUUUUCUUAUUUUUUUUAAUAAGAAUAACAACAGAUGGUUCAGCUUCAUUCUAAUCUGAAAUCUACCUUUAUAUACAAAUACACCAUUUACACCUAAAUUAUACUAAUAAAAACCAACACGCAGGUGAGUUUUGGUCUUUUGUUGAAUUUCUAAACAAAAUUUUCAUCUCUUUCAAUGAGAACUCGUGAAUUAUUCACCAAGAGACGACUGAACUGUGAGACUCCUGAUGUUCUAGAGCAGUCUGCGUUCGCUGGAAGGCCGUCAGAAGUCGCGCUGCUGUCCUGAGAGGUUGUUGCUGGACGCCGUCCGGGCCUCUAACCUCGCCAUUCGUCUUCCUGCGCGAGUCUUGAACUCGUGUUUUCGUGCCAUCUUUCCUCCGGUAGCCGCCGUCUCGCCUCUUAUUCGUUUUUUUUUUUUAACACAAGUUGAAUGUACGUCGUCUUGUUUUGUUGGCGGAACAGCCGGAAAGCACUGAGAUCAAAUCGGUGGCGUCAGAAAAACUGAAUGUUACUGCGAACGCGACGUGGCGGCCCGUUUUCCCCCCCCGAACACACAACCUGCUGAACACUUGAAUGUUGGAGGGGGAUGACGCUCAGAUCUGGCAACCUCAGGAGGGAGGAGGAGGAGGAGGAGGGGGAGGGGGCCGCCCAAGCUUCGGAUCGUCAUCACGUCUGAAUUACUGGGUCUUAAAAAAGGGGGAUAAACUUCCAACCUGGCAACCGCUCCGAAGCCUCCUGUAUUAAAGUGUAUAGAAAGUGUCGUACUAACGCCGAGCACACGCUGCUGCGUCUUCCAUCAACUUGAGCUGAGCUGUAUAAGUGUUCGACAUUUAAAAAAAAAAAAAAAAACACUUUGUUUUCUAACAGAAGCACAACAUUUAAGACUUUCUUCUCAAACUAACGUCUUCCUUUGGUUUCUUCCACUCGGGUGCAAUAAUCGCAGCGUUCCGUCUGCAUGGUGUCCUAAAAGGGAUUCAAUCGUAGGGAAAUUCCUUCAUUUUGUGUCAUUUCAGCAAGUUUGUUUUUUUAAUUUUCCAUUAUUGUUUUUUAGAUGUGUCUAGUUUUCACCACGUUAGAAAGGGAACGGGGCCGUCGCUGUUGAAUGUGCCUUUGCUGUAUUUUGUCCUGCCAAUAAAGCAGCAGCAGCAGCUCCGCGGCGUUCGGACUCUGGGCAGAACUCAUUCGCAGCGUCCAGCAGCCUGGACAGAUUACUAAAGUUCACACUUCGUGGAACUUGCUGGAAUUCCCAGUUGAUGACAGGAAAUGGCGAGCAAGUUAGCAUGGCAAGCGCAAGGACAGGAAGGCUGCUGCUUCCUGUGCUAAGCUAACACACUUCAGCUAGGUUUUCAAUAGGUUUUGAUUUUCAAAAGAGCACAUAUAGCAAAGGUUAGUUUGUUUUAGCACUUUAUACGGAUAAAAAAAAAAGUUUUCUCAGAGGUAGCUAACUACAUGCGCUAUGCUAAUAGUCUGGCUAAUGUUUUCCUAUAAAUGUCGCCAAUGAGAUUAAUAAUUUCUCAUGAAGUUGAGUGAAAGAAUUAAGUUUCCCAAUUCGCCAGCGCUUUAGAAUAACAUCUGUCUUGUUCCAUUAGCUUGACAGCUACAUGUUAGCAUUAUGCUAAUUCCAGCGGGAGUUGUUCGAGUUUCAGUGUCCUUGACUUUGACCUUUAACCUGUCCAGAGUCCCUACACUGCAGCUGCUGCUGCUCAGGGUUUGUUUUUGUGGGGGGGGGGGUUGAUGUUUUGUUGUCAUGGCGACAGAAGCACUGCUCACACUAUUGUAUUAAACCACUAAUGAAUGAAACAAAUACUAAUAAAGUUGACAAACGCCAACAGACGAAUAUGGAAUAAAAGGAAAGUAUCAGCA